CCGACAUCGUUUUUCCUGUUCACAGAUACUGAGAUUAAGGAGCUUGGCUUCUCUGAGGCUUGUAUCCAAGGGCAUCGGCUGUUAGCAUACUGAGCUACAUCUGCUUCUUGGCUAAGACCGAAGAAAGACAUCUUAAGCCUGGAAAUCCUGCCUGUGCUUUCUCUCUAGCACGCUUGCACACAUACACUCACACACCCCACAAGAAGCAUAUGCUGCAGCAGGUUCUUCUUCCGUUUACAUACUGAUAGUCUGCAUCACUUUCUUAGUUCGGGUGACAAGAUAAUGAAGUAAAAGUCUCCCUGCCUCCAAAGAAGAGAAAUUGCAGGAAUCAGCUACUGCAAGUUAAACAGCAAUAGCAGGAAAGAAGAAGGAAGAGGAGGUGGUGGAGACGGAGAAGGAGGAAGAAGGAAUGAAGGAUACUGACUGAGAAAUAAGAAACAGGUGGACGGCUGUGACACCAUUUAAAGAGAAGGCUUUCUUCUGCCUUUUCCUGAAGAUUUUCCUAUUUGUUCAUUCAUUCAUCAUUUGGGAGUGAAAUUCAGCAAGACCAGCUUGCCUGCAAUCUCCUUUCCUGGUUGCUACUGCUGCUGCUUGCUGUCAGUCCUGUUGCUCUUGCAGAAAGAAACCUGUUAAUAAAGCGGAGAAGAGGAAAAAAUGCCAGCCAUUCUGGUAGCCUCCAAAAUGAAAUCCGGACUACCAAAACCUGUCCACAGUGCUAGUCCUAUUGUUCAUAUCCCAGCAACCAGGACCAUCCCACAGCCCUGUUACCUGAAGUUUGGGAACAAGGUGGAGGUGAACAAAUCCUCCUAUUCCAGCCAAAUCCCUCUCAAAUCCCACCAUGGCCAUGAGAAUGCUGGAGAUGUCUUCCCUACAAAGAAGAGUGACUCCAUAGAAAAUGGCUUUGACACACAGAUUUAUACAGAUUGGGCCAAUCACUAUUUAGCAAAAUCCGGCCACAAACGCUUGAUAAAGGACUUGCAGCAAGAUGUAACCGAUGGUGUUCUCCUGGCAGAAAUCAUCCAGGUUGUAGCAAAUGAAAAAAUAGAAGACAUCAAUGGCUGUCCAAAGAAUAGAUCUCAAAUGAUUGAAAACAUAGACGCGUGCCUGAGUUUCUUGGCUGCCAAAGGAAUAAACAUACAGGGACUGUCUGCUGAAGAAAUCAGGAAUGGGAAUUUAAAGGCCAUCUUAGGCCUUUUCUUCAGUCUAUCACGGUACAAGCAACAGCAGCAACAGCCUCUGAAACAGCAUUCACAACACCACCCAUCUCAGCCACCCCCCACAUCUCCCCAGCACGUAGGGUCUCCAUCUCAUUGCCAGGUUGGACUCCAAGAACAGCAACUGCAACAACCACACCAGCAGCAGCAGUCCCAGCAACCAAUGCCAGCUUCACCCCAGAUCCAGUGCCAACAACCUCAGCAACCGCCACACCUUCAGCUAAAAGCACAACCAGAAAUGCAGUCCAGUGCAUCACCCAGGGACUCAUCUCAAAGCAAAAUCAUCCGAUUCACUCUCGGUCAGAAAAAGACUUCUAGACUUCCAGGUCCAACCACAAGGGUUUCAGCUGCAGGCAGCGAAGCAAAAACCCGUGGUCCAAUUAGUGCCAACAACCGGCGCAGCCAGAGCUUUAACAACUACGACAAAUCCAAACCCACAAGUCCACCAUCCCUUCUAUCAAACAGCAAUGAGAAAGAGCCAGCAGACAGCUUAGCCUCACAGCCCACAGGGAUGAAUGAAAAUGUACCAUCUUCAGUCCAAAGCAUCAGCAGCCCCAGUACUGCUAGUUGCAAUAGCUCUUCUGCAAUCCCCCAGCCCAACUCCGCUGUCAAACCCUGGCGCAGCAAGUCCUUGAGUGCGAAGCACACUGCCACUUCUUCCACAUUAACAGUAAAGCAGCAGGUUCAAGAGUCUCCAAAACCCUCUCCAGAGAUGGUCAAAACAACUCCCAAUGGUCAGAAAUCUAUGCUUGAGAAGCUGAAACUAUUCAAUACAAAAGGUGGAUCCAAAGCAGGAGGGCCAUCCCUUGAAUGCCCAGUAUCUCGGGACACUAGUUGUGAAAGACUAGAAGCCCUCCCAAGCUUUGAAGAAAGUGAGGAAAUAGAUGCUGCAAAUCGGAAUGUGAACAAUCCAGGACCAACCUCUAAUAGUCCCAAAAUUGCACUUAAGGGAAUUGCACAAAGAACAUUUAGCCGGGCACUGACCAAUAAAAAGAGUUCCCCAAAGGGCAAUGAGAAAGAAAGAGAGAAGCAGAAGGAUAAAGAAAAGGACAAAAACAAAGAUGCUGCAAAGAGAACCUCUGUAACGGAAAGAGCCGACCUGAAAGAGGAGCUGAAAGAAGAACAGAUCCCACCAGCUACCACAGAGAUGCCAAAAAAAUCCUCCAAGAUUGCGAGCUUUAUUCCCAAAGGAGGAAAGCUAAACAGCACCAAGAAGGAGGCACCUGCCCCUUCCCACAGUGGAAUACCAAAACCAGGGAUGAAAAACACCACAGGGAAAUCCACAAGUGCCCCAAACUGCUCCGGAAAAGAAGGCGAGAGAAGCCGCAGUGGGAAGCCUGCCUCGGGCCUCUCUCAUCAGAAGACCCAGCUAGACGGGAGGAAUUCAAGUUCCACGUCAAGCUUGGCCUCUUCUGAAGGCAGGGGAAUAGGAGGGGCAUCUGCUCUGAGCACUAGCAACAGCACUCAGGCUGUCAAUGGGCCAACAAGCAGUAUGACCCAGACCACAGGAAGCAAUACUGUGAGUGUUCAGCUACCUCAUCCGCAACAGCAAUACAGCCACCCAAACACUGCCACAGUAGCACCCUUUAUGUACAGAUCCCAGACAGACAAUGAAGGAAAUGUGACGGCUGAGCCCAGCACAGGAGGAGUGAGCACAAGCAUGGAUUCUGCUCCUUACACUAAAACUGGACAGCCUAUUCUAGAAGAUCUUUCUGGGGAAGAUCCUGAAACCCGCCGAUUACGAACUGUCAAAAAUAUAGCUGAUCUCCGACAAAACCUAGAGGAGACCAUGUCUAGCCUACGAGGAACCCAGGUCUCUCACAGCACACUGGAGACCACUUUUGAUACCAAUGUCACCACGGAAAUAAGUGGACGUAGUAUUCUCAGUUUGACAGGAAGGCCAACACCUUUAUCUUGGAGACUUGGGCAGUCGAGUCCCCGACUUCAAGCAGGUGAUGCUCCCUCAGUCGGCAAUGGAUAUCCUCCAAGAGCCAAUGCCAGCCGGUUUAUCAAUGCAGAAUCAGGGCGUUACAUGUAUUCAGCACCUUUGAGAAGACAGCUGGCAUCUCGGGGCAGUAAUGUUUGCCACAUGGAUAUCUCAGAAAAAGGCGGCGAGGAAAUAGAUCUUGAAGGCAUCAACAUGGAUGCUCCCGGUUAUAUGAGUGAUGGAGAUGUCCUGGGGAAAAAUAUAAGGACUGAUGAUGUUACAAGUGGGUAUAUGACUGAUGGUGGAUUGGGUCUUUAUACUCGAAGGUUAAACAGACUUCCUGAUGGGAUGGCUGCUGUACGGGAAACUCUGCAACGCAAUACCUCACUGGGUCUGGGUGAUGCUGACAGCUGGGAUGACAGCAGUUCUGUCAGCAGUGGGAUUAGCGACACCAUAGAUAAUCUCAGCACUGAUGACAUUAACACCAGCUCCUCGAUCAGCUCCUAUGCGAACACACCUGCAUCCUCCCGUAAGAACCUAGAUUCCCAGACUGAUGCUGAAAAGCAUUCCCAAGUGGAGCGGAAUUCUUUGUGGUCUGGUGAUGAAAUCAAAAAAUCAGACGGAGGCUCAGACAGUGGCGUAAAAAUGGAGCCGGGAUCAAAAUGGAGAAGAAAUCCAUCUGAUGUGUCUGAUGAAUCGGAUAAAAGCACUUCUGGGAGGAAGAACACAGUUAUUUCGCAGACGGGUUCCUGGAGACGAGGCAUGUCGGCUCAGGUUGGCAUUACCUCGCCAAGGACAAAAACAGCAGCCACUUCAGGAACUUUGAAGACACCUGGAACAGGGAAAACCGAUGAUGCCAAGGUAUCCGAAAAGGGUAGAAUUUCUCCCAAAUCUGGACACAUUAAACGUUCUCCAUCAGAUGCUGGACGUAGCAGUGGUGACGAAUCAAAAAAACCUUCCACCAACUCUAGGACAGCUGUUGCUAAUACAAAUGCGUUUGGAUUUAAGAAACAGAGUGGGUCAACUGUAGGCAUGACUAUGAUAACAGCUAGUGGGGCAACAAUCACGAGUAGAUCUGCCACACUGGGGAAAAUCCCUAAAUCAUCUGGACUCUUGGGCAGGUCCACUGGUCGGAAGACUAGUGUUGAUGGCUCACAGAAUCAGGAUGAUGGUUACUUAGCAAUUAGUACCCGAACCAAUCUUCAAUACCGGAGUUUACCCAGACCCAGCAAAUCCAGCAGCAGAAGUGGAGCUGGCAAUAGAUCUAGUACCAGCAGCAUAGACUCCAACAUAAGCAGCAAGUCUGCAGGCUUACCUGUUCCUAAAAUGAGAGAACCAACUAAAAUUACCCUUGGGAGCUCUCUGCCAGGAUUAGUCAACCAAACAGAUAAAGAGAAAGGGAUCUCGUCAGACAAUGAAAGUGUCAUCUCCUGUAAUUCUGUUAAAAUGAACCCAGCAUCUCAAACACCUUCUAGUGCUGGCCAGACAGCUCACCAGCAAGGAGUCAAAUACCCAGAUGUGGCUUCCCCCACUUUGCGUAGACUUUUUGGUGGCAAGCCUAAUAAACAAGCUCCCAUCACAACAGCUGAAAGCAUGAAAAAUUCUGUGGUCAUCUCCAAUCCACAUGCGACCAUGAGCCAACAGGGGAACCCAGAUUCUCCUUCUGGUAGUGGCAUUCUGAGCAGCGGUGGUAGUAGUCCUCUUUAUAGUAAAAAUGCAGACAUGAACCAAUCUCCAUUAGCAUCUAGUCCCAGUUCAGCUCAUUCAGCUCCUUCCAACAGUUUAACCUGGGGGACUAAUCCCAGUAGUUCUUCUGCUGUUAGCAAAGAAGGGAUUGGAUACCAAUCUGUCAGCAGCCUGCACACCAGUUGUGAAUCCAUUGAUAUCUCUCUAAGCAGUGGAGGUGGGCUGAGUCACAACUCUUCCACUGGUUUGAUUGCAGCUGCCAAAGAUGAUUCAUUGACACCUUUCGUUAGAACCAACAGUGUUAAGACAACAUUGUCUGAAAGCCCUCUCUCUUCCCCUGCUGCUAGUCCCAAAUUCUGCAGAAAUACUUUACCCAGAAGACAGGACAGCGACCCACAUCUUGAUAGGAACACUUUGCCUAAGAAAGGACUCAGGUAUACUCCAUCAUCUCAACUUCGUAAUCAAGAGGAAGCAAAAGAAUGGCUUCGUUCACACUCUGCUGGAGGACUUCAAGAUACAGUUGUCAAUUCCCCAUUUUCUUCUGGCUCUAGCAUUACAUCACCUUCUGGGACCAGAUUUAACUUUUCCCAACUUGCAAGCCCCACCACAGCAGCCCAGAUGAGCUUGUCGAACCCAACCAUGCUCCGGACACACAGCCUCUCUAAUCCAGAUGGCCCUUAUGAUCCUUACAGUGAUUCCCGGUUCCGGAACAGCUCAAUGUCCCUGGAUGAAAAGAGCAGGACAAUGAGCCGUUCUGGGUCAUUCCGGGAUGGCUUUGAAGAGGGUAAGUGGAAAUCUUGUUCAAAGACCAUUUUUGGGUAUGUUUUGUAUAAUGCUCCCAUUUAUUUCAGCUUACUUCUUGGUACUUCUGCAAGAUUUGUUUUGAUGCAUGGCUCCUCUCUUUCAUUGGUUUCGAGUACAUCAUCUAUUUAUUCAACGCCUGAAGAAAAAUGUCAAUCAGAGAUCCGCAAGUUGAGGAGGGAGUUGGAUGCGUCCCAGGAAAAAGUCUCGGCUCUGACAACACAAUUGACUGCCAAUGCUCACCUUGUGGCAGCUUUUGAACAGAGUCUGGGGAACAUGACCAUUAGACUGCAAAGCCUUACUAUGACUGCAGAACAGAAGGAUUCAGAACUGAAUGAGUUAAGAAAAACGAUUGAGCUACUGAAGAAGCAAAAUGCUGCUGCUCAGGCUGCCAUUAAUGGAGUAAUUAACACACCUGAGCUUGCCUGCAAAGGAGGUGGGACUUCCCAAACCACUGAUCUGCGGAUCCGAAGACAGCACUCUUCUGACAGCGUCUCUAGCAUUAACAGUGCUACUAGCCAUUCUAGUGUGGGAAGCAACAUAGAAUGUGAUUCUAAGAAAAAGAAGAGAAAGAACUGGGUUAAUGAGUUGCGCAGUUCUUUCAAACAAGCUUUUGGCAAAAAGAAGUCUCCUAAAUCAGCAUCGUCUCAUUCUGACAUCGAGGAGAUGACAGAUUAUUCACUGCCUUCAUCACCAAAACUGCCUCACAAUGGCUCUGUUGUGUCUACACCAUUAUUGAGAACCUCACAUUCCAAUUCUCUGAUUGCAGAUUGCAUUGACAGUGAAGCAGAAACAGUCAUGCAGCUGCGAAAUGAGCUCAGAGACAAGGAGAUGAAGCUGACUGAUAUCCGUCUGGAGGCUCUGAGCUCCGCCCACCAACUCGACCAGCUUCGGGAAGCUAUGAACAGAAUGCAGAGUGAAAUUGAGAAACUAAAAGCAGAAAAUGAUCGGCUGAAGUCUGAAAAUCAAGGAAGCUGUAGCAGGGCCCAGUCUCAGGUUUCCAUUUCAUCCUCUCCACGGCAAUCUAUGGGUCUCUCUCAGCACAGUCUGAACCUCACAGAGUCAGCUAGUCUUGAUAUGCUCCUGGAUGACUCCAGUGAUGUCCCUUCUCGGAAAGAAGGUGGCAGGCAUGUUAAAAUAAUUGUCUGCUUUCGGGAUGAAGUUAAAUGGAAAGAGGAUUCUCGGCCCCGCUUGUUUCUCAUUGGCUGCAUAGGAGUCAGUGGAAAAACCAAAUGGGACGUCCUGGAUGGAGUUGUUAGAAGGCUUUUUAAGGAAUACAUCAUACAUGUAGAUCCUGUAAAUCAGCUGGGGUUAAAUUCAGACAGUGUCCUGGGAUACAGCAUUGGGGAAAUCAUUCGCACAAAUGGCUCAGAAACACCUGAGCUUCUGCCCUGUGGCUAUCUAGUUGGUGAAAACAACACUAUCUCUGUGACUAUCAAAGGUAUCACAGAAAAUAGUUUGGACUGCCUGGUGUUUGAAUCUCUGAUCCCAAAGCCUAUAUUACAGCGUUACGUGUCACUGUUGGUGGAACAUAGGAGAAUCAUUUUGUCUGGUCCGAGUGGCACAGGAAAGACAUACUUAGCCAAUCGUCUGUCAGAGUAUAUGGUACUUAGAGAAGGCAGGGAGCUGGCUGAUGGUGCUAUUGCAACUUUUAAUGUGGAUCACAAGUCUAGUAAGGAACUCCGUCAAUAUCUUUCCCACCUCGCUGACCAAUGCAAUAGUGAAAACAAUGCUGUGGACAUGCCUUUGGUGAUCAUCUUGGACAAUUUGCACCACGUUAGCUCCCUGGGAGAGAUCUUCAAUGGUCUUUUGAACUGCAAGUACCACAAAUGUCCCUAUAUUAUUGGAACAAUGAACCAGGCAACAUCCUCGACACCCAACCUUCAGCUCCAUCACAACUUCAGAUGGGUUCUGUGCGCCAACCACACUGAGCCAGUCAAGGGGUUUCUUGGUCGUUUCUUGAGAAGGAAGCUCCUUGAAACAGAAAUUGGUGGCCGGAUGAGAAAUGCAGAAUUGGUCAAGAUCAUAGAUUGGAUCCCUAAAGUCUGGCAACAUCUCAACAAGUUCUUGGAGGCUCAUAGUUCUUCGGACGUUACUAUUGGUCCACGGCUCUUUCUCUCAUGCCCUAUAGAUGUGGAUGGUUCUAGGGUUUGGUUUACUGACCUUUGGAACUACUCAAUCGUUCCCUAUCUUCUUGAGGCUGUCAGAGAAGGGCUACAGUUGUACGGAAGAAGAGCUCCCUGGGAAGACCCUGCCAAAUGGGUAAUGGAGACAUACCCAUGGGCCGCCACCCCACAACACCACGAAUGGCCUCCUCUGCUCCAGCUGCGGCCAGAAGAUGUUGGAUUUGAUGGUUAUUCUAUGCCCCGGGAAGGUUCAACCAGCAAACAAGUUCCUCCCAGUGAUGCUGAAGGAGAUCCUCUGAUGAACAUGCUGAUGAGAUUACAAGAAGCAGCUAACUAUUCAAGCCCACAAAGUUACGACAGUGACUCCAACAGCAACAGCCACCAUGAUGACAUCCUUGACUCAUCCCUGGAGUCAACAUUGUGAUGCAAAACUCACAGAAAUAGUUUUUUCCCAUGGUCUAUUUCCUGCUUCACUUAGGAAAAAAUGAUCAUGAAUCGAUGAGGAUAGCUGGUCGGUGCUCCAGAUGUCUCAGUAUUAGAGCUGCAAGAACAAUAUAAACUUAUUUCCCCUUCUGCUGACCACCUCCCUCAUUCAGUGUCAAAUGUGGGUGCAGGCAACCCACUGGAUGUUUUUAUAUUGUGUUUUUAUUAUUCGUUUUUUUCAUUAAUAAGAACUGCACUACUUUAUUUUUUGUUGUUUUGACUUUGCUGCAAGCUCACAUACCUAAGACACUGAAUUUUUUUUUCAUAAAAGCAUUAUUAAUACUAAUUACAAUGGGGAGAGUGUUGGGAGGGGGGAAGAGGAGAAAAUAAAAAUGCUCACCUUGAAAGCUAUGGAACAAACAAGAGAGCUCUGUGCUACAUAUUGUCCAGCAAGAGAGUAGAACUUUCCUAUGCUGCUUUUGAUCAAACUCAGUACAGUUAUGGUGGAAUUUUUACAAGUGAUCUUUGUGUGUGACCUCAGCUACCGAUAGUUCUGGUGCUAUAAAAUAGUUGCUCGCCUUGAUAGUAAUAUUUCAUUAAAGGCAAAAAGAUGAAAAACAGGGAAAUUUUAAAUAUUCAUACACAGAGACAUACCCUUCCCAUAAUGAAACCAUUCCCCAUUUUGAGGAUUUGGCUUCAUUUAUUUAUUAUUUUCAUUUUGUGUACACAAAUGCGGGACUAGACUCAAUCCACUGAGCAAAGCAGCUGCAUAUCAUCUGUUUCUCGCCACUGAAGCUGUGAAUGUUGUGCCUCAUUUAAAACAGGAUCUGGACUAUAGAUAGAGACGUGUAAAAGAAGAAUCAAACAUGCAGCUAAACAAUUCAUUUUUUUCACUACAACUGUUCUCUUUGCUGAAGAAGCAAGUUUUUAUAGAGGCUUAUCUCUUCUGCAGUAGGACCUGCUGAGAGUGGCUUAAAUCCAGCCUCUAGUCCCAGUCUGAGCAAACCCUCUGAGUCUUGGGAACUUGACUAAGUCAACACUUAAGUAAAUUCAAAUGAUUCAGUGGCUGUACUCAGCUUGGAACUAGCUAUUGGACUUAGGCCAAAGAAAAUGUGAAAUCAGAGUCCAGUUUGGUUCUUGUUGAUGGAUACCUGCUUGUUCUUUGGGCACCUUCCCAUGUAUAUGAAAUGUGAAUUGAAAAAUGUUGAUGUAAACACUAUAAAACAUCAGUUCAGGUUUUUGAAUACUAUAAUCAGUGAUUGAACAAAAUGCUGAAGAAGCAAUUGUCAGGAUCUAAAGAGCUGCUCAGUCUUUGCACUGGUUCAAUAGAAAUUUCCCUUUCUUUCUUUCUUUCUUUCUUUCUUUCUUUCUUUCUUUCUUUCUUUCUCUCUCUUUCUAUCUUUUUUCUGAUAACUGUAUCUUGGAGAACAGAGCAAACUCCCAAAUCGUAAAAACAAUUUGUCAUAGAGAAAAAAUCCAGUCUAAAUUCCCUUUGUAGGACUAAUUAUAUGAAUGGUUCUUUGGAUUCUGGCAGUGCGCACGCACACACCCCUCCAUUAGCCCCAUGGAUCCUAAUGUUGGUGCAUGUUUAAACUCAACAGCACAUCAGAAAGAUGCACCUAUAUAUCUCAACAUCAAUUUUGUAAGAAGAAGUGGCAACAUGUGUGUCGGGGCAGGGAGGGGGGGCUUGUUCCACACCCUCAUAGCCAAGGAGGUGGUUAUCAAACAUGGCCUGCUUAAAGAGGGAAGGCCUGAAUAAAAAAGACCUUGUCUUUCCAUCUGCUUUUCCAACACUGAUUACCAUCCCUUGGGGUAGACUGUUCUUAUUGCCUUGGGACAACGUCCGUUAGCUCAAAACAGCUUGUGAAAAGAUAAAAGGAUUAUUGGGGGGGGGGGUGUCAUAGUAAAAGUUGGGAAAUGUGAAUAACAUCUGAGACUGUAGUCACUCAAAUAAGUUCUUAGUCCAUAGUUUUUUGCUUAAUAAGAUCCCCGCUUUUCGUUCAUGUAUACAAUAUGAUUCCUGCAGAUAUGGGGCUAAUGGGCAUUGUAAUCCAAUACAUCUGUAUGGUAACACCUUUUCCAUCUCUACUAUUAUUUUUUCCAAAAUGGUGCUUUUAAACCUGUUACUAAACAAUUAACGGAUUUCUCUGGAUCCCAGCAUCAUCUCCAAAUGCACAGAAUAGAAGUUUGGAGGGGUUAUUUUGUUAACAAUGAAGGCUUGGUGCUUUCUUCUGCUGGGGGACAAAAACUGCACUCUGGUUUGUAUGUGGAGUUUUGUUUCAAGUUUACAUCAGCAACCAGCCCAGGAGUGAGCACAACAGCCCUCUGCAUUCAGAGACACACACGAAUAAACAUACAAGCCUUUUCAGCUAUCUUUGGGUGCUGAUUUUUAAACAUGAUGCCUUACCUACUUUCUACUACUUGGUUGAAUUCCAUUAAUGCUGUGUAUGAUGGAAGGUUUCUUCUUUUUAAUUUAAACAAAACAGGGCUAUUGAAGUCAUCUCUUGGAGUACAAUGAAGUGAGUUGCUGUGAAUACUGUCGUAUAUGUAUGGAAUUCCUUUUCUUGCUAAAUGUGACAAUUACUAAGAGGGGAAAGGAUGCAGAGAAAGGAAAGGACCUUUGGAGAAUUUCCAUAUCAGCUUACAGCUAGCCACCUAAACGUUGGAUAGUUGUAUCUACAAUAGAAGCAAAAAAGGAAAAAAAAACACCUUUUUGUAUGAGACUGUUUGGCAUCACUACUAAACUCAAAGUGAUAAAGUCUUUCUAUGUUUGGUUUUGAAAUAUGCAGGUAAAAUAUUUGCCACAUUUUUUGAAAAGAGAGUUUACUGAGCUGGUUAUUUUUUAUCAUACCUCAUGGUUUUCUGCUUUCAGUGAUAGUGAAUUUAUUAUAUUGUCUUUUGAGCCUUUUAUGAACUUGUUUUUUUAUCCAUUUUCUAACAGCAUUUGGAACAACACAGUCAUUUGUAGAAUUACUGAAAUUGCUCAAAUGGACAUUUACUAUUGAAUAUAAAAGGGAUUCUUGAGUGUUACUUUCAAAACAGAACAUGGUUCCUCUGCUAAUCUUGUUAAUCCCACUCCUGUUAUCCAGAAUGCUAAAACAAUCAAGCUGUUUUUGGAAAACAAUCUCCCAUACAGAUUUUGCCCUUCUUGUAGAACAUGUAUUUCCACUUAUAUGGAAAUAAUGUCAUUUUAGCUCUCAUCACACUAUGCUAGCUUUCCAUUUGCAGAAUAUUUUUUUAAAUCCAUUUGAUGUAUGCUGGAUGCAUACAUUCUGAAAGUGGUACGGUCCUGGAGGAAUUGUGCCAUGUGCUUUUUCUGAACUAAUUAUUUCAGUAAAUCUGGGUUUACUCCAGCCUUAUCACAUUUGCUUCAUAGGGAUAUCUUUGCAUUCCACUCUGUCAAAAUAAUUUUUGGAGAAGUCCUCCAGUGGAGAAAGUCUACUUGCAUGGAAGAAGACCAUGCAAGCCUCCUUCCCUAAAUUAGAGUUUUUAAAUAGUUUAUAUUUUGGACACAAUGGAUCAAAUUCCAUUUCUUUGCAAUCUUAUAGAUGGCCUGAAUUUACAGUCAAACUAAUAGGAGCCACAAACAUCACACUAAAUACAUGGUGUUUUUAAUAUGUUAGGAAAUGAUGCACUCUAACUAAAACGUAGAUACUGCAGGGACUUUCUGUACCUAAGAGUAGAUUUAGCAAACAAUUGUUCUCCCACUGCACAGUGAUUUUGAAAGUGGGCAGAGUGGGUCAUUUUGUUUGCAUAGUUCAAAUUCAUAGAUACUUCCCCAGCUACCAUGUUUUCAGUUUGUGAUCACAUGUUUGAUAAUGUUAAGACCCUGUCCUUAAAAGAGUAGCCGUUAACAACAGAGAAUCAACUGGUGUAAGUCACCUAGUAUUGUUCCAGAGCGAAGUGGGUUUUCUCCACCAGUUGAACCUAUUGGGAAUAUGUGCUUUAUAUGUACACCUUGAUCUAAUUAGGGAAGUUCUAGAACUGCUUGUGGUUAUGGUAGACCCAUUGAGAUCAACAGGAAUGUUAAAUCCCAUUUUAUUCUUGUUAAUCUGCUUUAAAGUAAGUCCAGAUUCAAUCCAUUAUAGAUAGAAACACUUAAGGAUUCUAGUCCAACAUCACAAGUGGCUUGAGGACUAUAGCUGUUGUGUAUAAAUCUAUAUCAACAAUGUUUUCAUUAUGUUUGAACUCGAGGCUAAAUUGUAAAAUUCAGUUUCAUUGUAUGCCUCAAAAGCCUAUACUUAGAACUUAAUUCUAUGUAUUUCAUUACCAAGAAACCCACCUACAAUGUUGUAGUAUCUGUUUCAUAAGUAUGUGUCACACAUUUGACUUAAUCGAGUGAGACCCUUGCAGAGGUGUGCAUCAGAUUGCCUCCUUGCAAAUUUUUUUUGCAUAAGUGUACUUUCUAAUGUACAUAUUUGAGUUUAGGGCUCCGUGGAUCAUUUCAAAGGAAGGGAUAGCACUAUGUGUGCAAAAUAAAAUAGAUGUAAAGAUCUUAUAUUUCCCCUAUUCUUUUUAUGUAUUAGAGCUGUUUGGGAUAUAUACCAAGGCACACAACAUUCCUACUCCUACAGGAAUAAUAACAGCUGAGAAAGAUCAUAUGUGAAAUUUCUCUUAGAGUUGGAUUUAAGUUUGUUCCACACUGGAGUCUAAUUUAUCUGAUCACCUUUGAGUUGGCUUAUUAUAUAAAAUGAGUCUUGAUAUCCACUUUUCCCACCUAUCCUGUUGUGACAUUCAUGAAAAUAAUUAUCUUCCUUAUUGCUCUCUAACAAAAUAUGGCUUGGAUCACUGAAAAAUUAACCUGGAGUACUCUCAUUCUUUUACACAAUUGUAGUGCCCUUUCUGAAAUUUCGGGAAGCAGGGUUGUUCAUUAUGCACAUUCCUUAACUUGCUCAUCUUUCUUGUGUGAAUGAAUUGACACCCCUCCCCAUUGGAAUGACAACAAAAAUUACCCAGAUUGCUUCCAGUCUCACCAUUCCCCCUUGGCCAAAUCAGCAUGAUUUCCUCUAGUUGAUUUUAGUACAAAAUUCUAUGCAACAUACCUAUUUAGUUAUGAAUUGGAAGCAUACAACAUUUUCCUUUCCUCCACAGCAGUCAAGAAUUUUAUCAGUCAUAAAUCAUAUAAUGUGAGUUUUUCUUCUUGGUUUUUAGGAUAAUGGUGCAGAGACAGGGAGGAUAUGGCUAGCCUCCCUGCUUUUUUGGUAUAUUUUGCAAGAAAAGAAAAGAAAACCCCUACAAUAUUGCAUUGUCGAUGCUUAAACUUUUGAUAUUAUGUGUCUUGAACCUUGUCUAAAUGUGACAAUUCUCUUUUAAGGAAAACAAAAGAAAAACAAAAAAAAUGUGGAUAUUAAAUGAAAGGUUACUGUUUUUGAUCUAGUUGUUUCCAGUGGAACCAUUUGUGGGGGGGAAAGUUCUCUAAGAUGUACAUUUUUUCAUUGUAACAUAAAAAUGUAAAUAUUUGAUUACAAGUGCUGCAUUUUGAUGAAUUUUUUCUAGCCAUUUUUAAAAGAGAAAAAAAACUAGGGACUGAGUAUUUUGUGUACAGUAUGAUGUUUUUUUUCCCACCUCCCUAUUUAAUUUUCUGUUACCAUUUAGGAUUGGAAUUUGCAAAAGGUCUAUUUGGGACCAUUCCUUGCCUCUGCUUGCCCUUACCAUUAAUCCCCUGUCCUGUCCCAUCCUAUGUCAUGGAGAAUAAAGCUAAUGAUUGUACCAGUCUUAAAUUAUUCAUGAUUAAAUAAAUUUGAUGCUUAUUUAUUCAGA